UGUAAUAUACUGUGCCGCGGCCAUGCGCCUUUUACGAAACAUGGCGACCGGCAAAGGAUUCGCGAUCGUUCUACGUCCGAGAACUAUCAAUUUAAUCAACAAUAGUAAAAUAAGUAAAUUGUCAUGCGGCGUGGUGCAAAGGUGCGGCACGUGCCAUCGUCCGUUCGCUACGUUACUCGAUGUCGGCGACCGAAACUUCAGGAAAACGGAAAAAUACAAUAUAAGCAAUAUAACGCGAAUCCAAAGAGGCAUCCACACAACCAGAAAACUGCUGAAACGUAAUUACUACGAAAUACUGGGUGUAUCGAAAAACGCAUCAGCGAAGGACAUCAAGAAGGCUUAUUAUCAACUUGCGAAAAAGUAUCAUCCAGACACAAACAAGAGCGACCCUGAAGCUGGGAAGAAGUUUCAAGAGGUAUCAGAGGCUUACGAAGUGUUGAGCGAUGAAGGGAAGAGGAAGGAAUAUGAUACAUGGGGUGCCACGUCGGAGCAAAUGGGAAUGGGAGGAGGCGGACAUUCUAGUGGUCAUGCCAAAGAUUUCGGCCAAAGUUGGCAAUUUAGAUCAUCUGUCAAUCCGGAGGAGCUGUUCAGGAAGAUAUUUGGUGACGCAGGGUUCCAGAGCAACGUUUUUAACGACUUCGAAGAAUUUACAGACAAUAAGUAUGGGUUCGGAGCAGCGCAAGAGGUCAUUAUGAAUUUAACUUUUUCUCAAGCUGCUAGGGGUGUUAACAAGGAGGUACAAUUGAACGUUGUGGACACGUGCCCGAAGUGUAUGGGCUCGCGAUGCGAGCCGGGAACGAAGUCAGUGAGAUGUCAAUAUUGUAACGGAACCGGGAUGGAAACGAUUAGCACCGGACCCUUCGUCAUGCGGUCCACUUGCCGUUACUGUCACGGUACCCGAAUGUUUAUUAAAUUUCCGUGCAACGAGUGCGAAGGAAAAGGGCAAUCGAUACAACGUAAGAAGGUGACGGUCCCGGUGCCAGCCGGCGUCGAAGAUGGUCAAACGAUACGCAUGGCCGUUGGGAGCAAAGAAGUGUUCAUAACAUUCCGCGUGGAAAAGUCAAAGUACUUCCGUAGGGACGGUCCGGACUUACAUACGGAUGCCCAGAUAUCUUUGUCGCAAGCCGUACUCGGUGGUACGAUAAGAAUCGAGGGCGUGUAUGAAGACCACACGGUACAAAUCCGACCGGGUACAUCGUCUCAUACGAAAAUUCGAUUGACCAACAAAGGGAUGAAGAAAGUGAACGGGACAGGCUACGGCGAUCAUUACGUGCAGAUAAAGAUUGUCGUGCCGACGAAAUUGAACGAUAAACAGUUAGCGUUGAUACACGCGUACGCCGAACUCGAAGAAGACACGCCCGGGAGUAUACAUGGCAUUACUUAUAAGACAGACGGAACGAAACAAAGUCAUGCCGGUCCUUUGAAUCUAGUGGAAUCUAUACGGAUAGCGCUGGGCGAUAAGAGCGUCUCGAACAUAGAAGAUGAUUCUUCGGAGCCUGAAGGCCCGGGCGACAAACCCCAGGGUAGGCAGGCCCACAGGAAAACCAGUGAUACGAGAAACGAGGCAACUAUGAGGAGGCGGGAAGUGUCUUAAAUGUUGUUCAAAUCUUAUUUUCUUUCGAGGACAGGAAUUUAGUCAUUUUGCAACGUCUUACUAGGACGAUAAUAAAGUACAGAUACACACUACCGCCCGAAAGUUUGGGUACA